UAGUCCAUGGCAAAAAGUGAAAGAAGACUGUGUCACUGGAGGUCAUGCACUUUAUUUUUAAUUUAUAUUAUUUACGGUUUUCCUAUUAAUUCCAUUAAGUUAUUAUUUAGACGUGUUUCAAUAAAUUAAAACAUUUUAAUGACUGUAUCAUUAUCUAUGUACAUGUCUCAAGAGCUUUUUGCAAACACAACAUAGCAAUGGCAGAUCAGUUUUGUUUACGUUGGAAUAAUUUUCAAACUAACAUCGUAAGUGCUCUGGAUUCCCUGAAAUGCUCUGAGGAUCUUGUUGAUGUGACACUUACUUGUGAAGGCAGAAAUAUCAAGGCCCAUAAAGUAAUACUGUCAGCGUGUAGCCCGUACUUUAGGAAUGUGUUCAAGGAGAACCCAUGUCAACAUCCUGUUAUUAUUUUGAAAGAUGUCUCUGCUGAUGACAUCCUGAGCUUGUUGUCUUACAUGUACCAAGGAGAAGUAUUUAUUGAAGAAAGCAAAUUGUCUUCCUUUUUGCACACAGCAGCAUUAUUACAAAUUAAAGGAUUAACUGGUGUGACACAUCAGAAUGAAGAAUUUUCACCAACAAAUGCAACAAAUAAGCUUUACACCCAACUGACUAUAUAUGCCAAGUCUCAUGGAAAUGUAACUCACAAGGAAACAAAAGUACCAGCCCUUAAAAAACGAAGAAGUAGCACCUCCGACAAACCAAACGACUUGAAUAAUGUUGAUUAUAAGAAAAGCAAGAUACUGGAAUCAUGUGAUAUUUAUAACAAAAAUAAUGGUUCCCAAUUAAAGGUAGACAACCCAAUGUUUGGAACUGAAAGUGUUGAACGCAAAGCAGAUAAAGAAUUUUCAGUUGUAAGCAAUGGAAAGAAUCAACAGACAGAAGAAGGCCCUAUAAUUGUGAAAACGGAAUGGAAUGAAGAAAAUAGCUCACCAAAUCCUGCUACAACCAGUUCUGAUAAUGAUGAAAGCCUUCCUGCUUAUGAAAACAGCAUGCUAGCUAGAUCUCUACUAUCAGGAAUAAAUCCAUCCAAAAGUGAUAAAUGCACGAAAAAUCUCCCUGGUGAAACACAAAAUGCUAAUAGAAAGGAAUCAAACUCGGAAACUACAUUUACACAAAAAAGUCCAUUAAAAAUAGAUGAAACUGUUGUUAAAAUUGAAAAACCAUCUCCAAAGCCCGAUAUUGAUUAUGAGCCAGAAAUAUUAUUGUCGGAGCAAGAUUCUAAAGAAAACACAUAUUCUGAACAGUCCCAAGCCUUAAUGAUACUCGCAGGUAUGUCAGGUCCAUUAAAUUCUGGUGCUUCGACCUCUCAAAGCGGGCACCAGUCAAAUCAUGCAGCUAUUUGUGGUGACUGUCCACACUGCGGUAUGAAAUAUUCCAAUCAAUCGGCCUUGAAGUAUCAUGUGAGAUUAAUGCAUUCAGAUCUUACUAAUAGGCUGUGUUGCUAUUUGUGCCCAAGGUCAUUUACUAUGCGGGAAACAUUCAAAGAACACAUGUGGACAAGUCAUGGCCAACGGAACUAAAUGGUGCUAACACACUUAAUGAAAGUAUUGAUUUGGUGGUAAAAUAUCUCUGAUAAAAAUAUAAAGAAACAAAAUUAGUACAAAUUUAACGACAUAGUUUAUUAAUCAUUUGUCCAGAAAAGAAAGAAAAAUUCUUAAUAUCUUGCUAAAACUAUUUAUAUAGCAUGUUUAAAUCACUAAAAUUUCUUGGCAAAAACAACUAUUUUUGAACAAAGGAGAUAGUUGUUUUGACAUGUAAUAUUUUAUAAUUCUAUUCAUAUCUAGAAAAUUAAAGUAAUCCAAGUGCCUUCUAAAUUAAAUGUUUAUUACAAAUUAGAUAAUUUAAAAGUAAACUCGAAUGGCUUCCAAACAUAGAUCUAAAUGAUAUCCUAAAUGAUCUCCGGAAUAUAAUUUGGAUGAAGCUCCUCAAAUAGACUAUAGUGAAGUGAUAUAAAAUUCCUAUAUUAGACAAAAAUAUAUUAAUUGGUGCAUAAAGGUUUGAUGUUUAAUAAAAUGUUCAAUUAUACUUAGAUUAGAAAUACUGUUGUGCCUUAUAUACAAAUGGUAAACAAAUAAACGGUGCCAAUUUGUACACUAUACAAUAUCAAUUCAUAAGUAGUUCAAUUAAUCAUUCAUUCUGUUCUUUUAAAAGGAAUAAACAUUUUUCAAAAGUCACCUUUGUAUUCCAACAUUGGCGCUAUAAGGUAUAUUUUAUUUAUAAUUUAAACUUUAUACAUUAAAGUGGUGCUGUAAAGCUCUGUGGUUAGACAUUAUUCUUCAAAAGUAUUUUGACAAGUGAUUAAAGGUAUUAGCGAAGCGUCACAACAAGUCCGGAAAUUAAAAGGCUCUGUAAAAAAAAUUAUUUGUUAAACAUUGCAGCUGUGUUUUAUUUUCAUGUGGCAAACUUUUUACGAAUAUCAAGUAAUAAAUAAAUAUAUAUUUAUAGUACUGUCAUAUUGGAAUGUUUGUAAAUCCUAUAUAAAUUAUGGAUAUUAUCACUUUCAUUUUUGUUAUUAUAAUUUAUCUUACGUAAAGUAGGAUUUCUCAGUAUUAGAAAUUAUUAAGAAAAAUUAUUGUGUUUUGACAAUUAUGUUUGUUGGUUGAGCAACUUAGAAAUAAACCUAAUUUAUGAAAUUAUCAGUAUUUAUAAGUUGUGUAAAAAUUAUUUUUUCCUGUUUUAAGUAAAAAUUAUCUGAAUAGAGUAAUUUCUAUUGUGUGGGAAAUGCAUACAUUUAAUAUAAGUUUUCGGUAGUAAAUCUGUAUUUAAAAUUGAACUAAGCAUAUUCAGCGGUACUCUGAGAGUACGGUUUUAAUAACGAAUUAUUAUAAAUAUAUUUUGA